AUGGCUCCGCCACCAGGGGAUCGAAACGGAGGAGGGGAAUCGACCGCCGGAGACUUGGCAAGGACGUUACCUACUCCGUUUCUAACGAAAACUUACCAGCUUGUGGAUGACCACACAAUUGAUGAUGUUAUCUCCUGGAAUGAAGAUGGAUCUACAUUUGUCGUAUGGAAUCCUACGGAAUUCGCUAGAGAUUUGCUCCCUAAAUAUUUCAAGCACAACAAUUUCUCGAGCUUUGUCCGUCAACUCAACACUUACGGAUUUAGGAAGGUUGUGCCUGAUCGGUGGGAAUUUUCGAACGAUUGCUUCCGCCGAGGUGAGAAAAAGCUACUUUGCGACAUACAGCGUCGGAAAAUAGCAACGACGUCUUCUGCCGUGGUGGCAACACCGUUAACUGCGGUAACGGUGGCGGCUGCACCUUCGACACCAGCCGCGACUCAGCAGCUGACGGUGUCUCCUUCGGACUCGGGGGAAGAACAGGUUCUGUCGUCCUCCACCUCCGCCGGGGCUGCACGCGAGUUUAUCGGAAGCACAUCGGAGUUGAUUGGAGAGAACGAGCGUCUGAGGAAAGAGAACAUGCAGCUCAACAAAGAAUUGAGCAACGUGAAGAGCCUAUGCAAUAAUAUUUAUGUUCUAAUGUCAAAUUUCGCCAAUUGCAGCAGUAGCCAUGACCAGGCAGUAAAGCCGCUGGAUCUGUUACCUAUGAAAAGAUUUUGUGAAGAAAUGAAAGGCGCCGUAACCGCCGCCGCGGCGUCUAACGGCGGCGAAGAAAAUAACAUAAGAUCUGAGGCGGAGAGAAUAAGCGCGAGGCUGUUCGGGGUACCGAUAGGCGUGAAACGCGGGAAGGAAUAUGAAGGUACUUCGGCAGACUAUGAUAUGGAUUUGCAGCUGCAGCAGCCCGGCACUGAUGUAAAACCUGAGCCUUCCGAUCAAAAUAGCGGUGAUGAUCAAGAGACAACCUGGCUUAGGAGGUGCAAAUCGCGAAAUCAAGGUUAUUUCAAUUGA